AUGGACUCCUACGAUGGCUACACGUCCCCGAGACGCUCCCGCGAUGCAGAUUCAUUCGCCGGCCGAGCGCCUGACGAGUACCGACGUCGAUCUCCAUCCCCCCGACGCCGCCGUGGCCGUUCCCGCUCUCCCAUGAUUGAUCGGUACGAGCCUUCUGAUCGCCGUUCGAGAGACAAUUAUUACAAUGGCUCGCGUGACGGUGGUCAUCGGGAAGGCCGGCGACGUGCUUUGUCCCCAAAUGUGGGACAGAAAGACUCAUACACACCCGAUGAUUCUAUCACCCAUAAUCGAUAUGUCGAUCCUCUUUCCCUCGACUACACUCUAGACAUCAAAGAGUUCCGCGUCUGGUGGCGGGACGAACAGGAUGUUAAGAGAACGAAAGAGCGCACCAAGGGUAUCAAAGAAGAACGUGAAAGCCGCGAGGACCGAGACAAAGAAGAGGCUCGUCUUGAAAAAGAUUACAGCGACUAUCUCAUCAAAUUUACUCGGGCUUUUGUACUCAAGCACAGGAAUGAUGAGUGGUUCAAAGAACGGUAUGUUGAUGAGGUUCGGAACCCUCUUCGCAGCCGCCUUCUGGCUUUCCGCAAAGGGGCGUACGAACAAUGGGAGCGUGAUCUGAGCGAGGGCCUUUUUGAUGAUUUCACUUUGGAAGGCAUCUACAAGAGCGAACACGAUGGCGCUGGUGGAGUUGUCGAGAAGGAAGAAGGCGAGACAACCGCCGUUGGUGAGACGCUGGGGCCCCAGGACUUGCUCCCGGUUCGCGGUGGAGAUCUCCGCGAUGAAGCUCUUUACCAGCCAACCUUGCUUAUCAAGACAUUGGCACCAAAUAUUAGCCGCGACAGGGUUGAGGAGUUCUGCAAAGAGCAUCUCGGCGAGGGCGAGGGAGGCCUUAAGUGGCUGAGCCUCGGUGAACCCAAGGAUCACAAAAAGUUCCAUCGUAUGGGAUGGAUCAUGCUGAACCCGGGUAGCGAGACGGCGACUGCUGUCGAGGCGGGCGACGAACAUGAUACGGGGAGCAUUGAUUUUGAGAUGAAUCAAGAUCCAAAGACUAACGAGGCCAGUGCUACCAGCACUGCCGAGAAGGCUCUUUCUGUCGUGAAUGAAAAGAAGAUUCACGACCCGAAGGCUCUCUGGGAUCUCUUCUCUGCUCCGAAACGGAUCGAAAAAGACCUCGGCCUUGUGCGGAGACUCGUUGAAAAGUUGGAUGAGGAAAUGGCCACAGAGGUCAGUGAUGAGGUCAAUGCUGCUACUAAAAUCGAAGAUCGAGUCGAGGACUUGAAGCGGAAGGGGUGGUUGCAACCUCCAGUCACCGGUCCUGUUAGUGCCAAGCAGAACGGUUUCGAUCCUGACUCCGUGGACGAGAAGUUUGAGGAUGGCGAGGAGACCGAAGCCCAAUCCAGCAAUGAUGUCGAUGACAUGGAUUUGUUGGCGAUGAAAAAGAAUUUGGACUUGAUGAUCGAGUACCUACGACGCGUUCACACUUUCUGCUUUUUCUGCGUGUUCGAGGGUGAUUCGGUGCAUGGCCUUAUUCACAAGUGCCAGGGGCAUCUUCGCCGACCGCGCAGUGGUCUCUCGGCCCGGUCUGAGGAGGUUGCUGACGCUACCACCAAUGGAUUGGAUUUCCCUCCUGAAGAGGAAGAGGACAAGGAAGAGGGAGAAUCUUCACCAUCGCAGGAGAGGCGGAAUCGACGACCGGCUUCGAAAGCAGAGCAACAGUUGCUUCGAGCGUUCAACUGGGUCAAGAAUUUUGAGGAUAAGCUGAACCUCAUUCUGGACCCAGAGACAGUUGAUUUGCGCAAAUUCCACGGCAUGGACGAAGAAGAGGCAACCGUCGACGAGUUACUGAUGAAGCAUGUCACCAAGCGGGAGGUGCAAAAUUCGGACAAUCCGAUCCGCUUCGAUUGUAAAUUGCCCGACUGCAGCAAGACCUUUGCGGCUGAGCGUUUCUGGCUCAACCAUGCCACGGGUGGUGGAGCUGCGGGCCAGCCACCGAAGAACCCCGGCCACCAGGCGUUCCGCGCGAACAUCAAGAGAGAUAUGGCACUUGUCAAGAGGUUUGCUCUGGAUCCAUCUCGCAUCUCAUUACCACGCCCCGACCAAAACACCAAGAACCAACAGCUGCCACCACUUGCCGCGGGCCCCCUUGGAGGCAUGCCCAUGAUGGCGAGAGGCGCAGGUUCCUGGGGUAAUAAUGGCAUGAUGCCUGGUGAUGGUGGUUUGCAUCAACCCGGAGUCAUGCGCCGUGGAAAUAAUCGCUACAACAGCAACCGUUCCGGUCCGUACGACCGCCGCCGCCCCAACAACAAUGGCCGACUCAGCCCCGUCCGCAUGCCUAACAUGUACGGCGCGGGCCACUUCCCUCCCGUCCCACCCGGCCAUCCUGCAGCAGCCAUGGUCGCUGCACCCUUCCCUGACUCCAUGACCGCCGGUGGGGGACAGCCACCCCGCGAGUCAGUUCAAGGGCGCAGCAUUAAGAGCUACGAGGACCUCGAUGCUGUUGGUGGAUCCGGCAGCGGUGAGCUGAACUACUAG